GACAGAGCGCAGCACCGUCGGCUCCACCUUCGCGGGGAGGGAAGGAGCCUGGCAGUGUACCACUGGGCCGAGAUGCGAGCCAAGAUGCGCCUCAUGGGCUUCAGUGCUGAAGCCGUCAAGCCGCUGAACGAGGAGGCGGCCGCCGAGCUGGGCGCCGAGCUGCUGGGCGAGGCCACCGUCUUCGUCGUGACCUGCAGCUGCCUGGUGCUGGAGUACUGGCGCCACCAGGCGUAUCAACGUCGCAAGGAGGGGGAGCAGCGCGCCGCCUGGGUCACGAUGCGGGACGAGGUGGACCGCCUGGCGCUGGCGCUGGAGGCCCUGCAGGCGCAGGUGCAGGCGGCGCCGCCGCGGCGCGCCCUGGAGGAGCUGCAGGCGCAGAUGCAAGAGGUGCGCGCCCAGCUCUGCGCCCCGGACCCGCCGCCCGCGCCCCAGGCAGAGCCCACGCCCGAGGAGUAGGAGGCCGCAGGGCCCUGGUCUCAGACGUGACUGAUGCCUGGGCUGCCAUGUCUGUCCCCACUGUCCCUUCCUGAACCGGCCCAGCUAAUACCACCAGGUCCCUUUAGGGGCAGAAGGGAUCCUGGACUGGGGCUGAUCCAACCAGGCUUCUGGUCACCUCCCUACUCACCUGCCCAGUGAGGGGUACCUUCCACUGGGACACCCCCAUCCACCGAUGGAACGUUCCAGCCCGACCCCCACCCCCACCGCAUCCACUGGUUUAGUACUUUGGAAUGGAAAAGCAGUGUCUUCCACUGGACCCCGCCCACCCACCAAUAGGAGGGCCAGCAGGGCACAUGGACCAUCUAAUUUUGUCACUCACACCUCCAACUUACCUGAGGAGUGGUCCUUUCCCUGGGACCCUCAUCCAUUACACCAGGACGCCUCUUCCCACUUCUUCACUGGUACCGACCAUUGUAGUGAAAAUAUAGAAACCUCUGAUGGACUUCCCCACCCCUUGACCUUCCAUCUACCUCACUCUUUCGGGGGGGCAGGGAGUAGGAUGGAUCUUGGUGUGCAUUAGCUCCAGUGUGUCACCCUGUGGCUCCUCUCGUCCACCACUGGUGCCUUGACUGGGGUCCUCCCCUCUUUCAAAGUGGAUCAUUCCAACAGAUCCUCCCUCCACCCUUUCCUCCAUCCAGAUCUCCUCUUCAGAGUAGUCAGGGAUUCCCCCUUCUUGCCUUUGAACUGGACACCCAGUGUCCACCCCAGUCCUUCACGCAAAGCCUUCCUCCAGUGGGACCACCUGCCCCCUCAGCCCUGAAGUUCACCACCUCCAACCAAAGGGAAUAAUUCCACCAGGUAGUGUUAAGUGUUACCUACCUCACCUACCCCCUGCCAACCCAUUGAACCAUUAAAGGGGAUGUGUUAUGA